AUGAUUGACAAGGAAUACCAAGAGAUUGGAUCAGCGUCACAAGCUAUGUACAUAGCAGGAACCGCAUGGUUCGAAGAGAUUACAAAAAAUGGCAUCAACCAAAAUAUAGACUUCACGCAAUUCUUCGCCAAUAAGAAACCUACUGUGUACCAUUGGUCGCAGAUGGUUUGGGCAAAAACGUAUAAAAUCGGAUGCGAGAUAGGAGACUGCGAUGGCAAAACCAUCGUAGUGUGCCGUUACAGUCCGAAAGGAAAUGUGGUGGGGGAAAAAGUUUACCAGCCCGUACUGACUUGCGAGAAUGGAGUAUCUCAAGGGUAUCCCAAGCUCUGUGCGUAUCCUCUAUAAGUUUGUCAAGCGAAUAAAUCUUUUGCA